UCUGUGCUCUGAUCAGUCCUCCUCCACAUGGCCCAGGCUUUACCUUUUUACUCCCUCCUCAACCCCAAACACAACAUGAUGUCGUGUGCUGCUGUGGGCUCAGCUUCAAUGCUUAUUUUGCGCACCAAAGUUUUUAUUUGAAAGCUGAAAUGACUCUGGUGUCUUGAACUUGGUCUUCAAACAGAAAAGCAGGGAGAAUCGCAAGAGGACACCUGGCAUAAAACCUGGUUUUAGUGAUUCUAGAGGACGAAGAAGAACCUCCGGAAAGAAGCAGUAGACAUCUGCCAGCAGACAAACCAGCAGCCAUGCUCGGCGGUGAAGGGGAGAGCAGCACCUUCUCUUCUGCGAAGGAAGCAGCGGAUGACAGGCGCAAGUCUCCGGCCGUGGAUGGGGGCGACCCGACCGCUGGCAGCAGGUACGCGGAGCACGGGAUGGGUGCCGACCGGUCCUACUACAUCUCUCCUACGGUGUCUAAACAAAGCCCAGAAACUCCCAACCCCUGCUCUUUUCUUCCUUACACGCCCAGUGGGACGGUUUACACCCCGUCCAGCGCAGCCCGUUACCCCUCAUCUCUCCACCUGGGCUCCGUGUUGCCUCCAGCGGGGUUUUCCUCCUCCGCUGCCGGGCGCAGUCACUUCAGUCCGACGUACCAGCUCGGGCAGAGCCCCGGCUGCAUCUACCCGCCCUACAGCAGCUCGGGGCCGGCUCUCAGCAACAUAGCUCUACCGACCGCCGGCCCCGGGAUGAGGGCCCAGGUUUACCUGUGCAACCGGCCGCUGUGGCUCAAGUUCCACCGACACCAGACCGAGAUGAUCAUCACCAAGCAGGGCAGACGCAUGUUUCCGUUCCUGAGCUUCAACAUAGCCGGUCUGAACCUGACGGCGCACUACAACGUGUUCGUGGAGGUGGGGCUGGCGGACCCGAACCACUGGAGGUUUCAAGGUGGCAAGUGGGUCACCUGUGGGAAGGCGGACAACAGUGGCCAAGGUACUGAAACAGGGAACAAAGUCUACAUCCAUCCAGAGUCUCCAAACACCGGGGCCCACUGGAUGAGACAAGAGAUCUCCUUCAGCAAACUGAAACUCACCAACAACAAAGGGACCAAUCACAACACUUCACAGAUGGUUGUCCUGCAAUCGCUGCACAAGUACCAGCCCAGGCUGCACAUGGUGGAGGUGACGGAGGACGGGGUGGAGGACAUUAGCAGUGAGGCAAAGACUCAGAGCUUCACCUUUCCAGAGAACCAGUUUAUAGCUGUGACUGCCUACCAGAACACCGAUAUUACACAGCUGAAAAUUGAUCACAACCCAUUUGCCAAAGGAUUCAGAGAUAAUUAUGACUCACACUGCCCUCCCUUGACCACAAGUUCAUACGUACAUGUAUUUUCCAGGAUGUACACAGCUCAAGAAAACGACCGCCUAACACCAUCUCCGACCGACUCUCCCCGUGCCCACCAGAUCGUCCCCGGGGCCCGCUACACCAUGCAGCCCCUCUUCCAGGACCAGUUUGUUAACAACCUUCCCCAGAAUCGCUUCUAUAACAGCGAAAGAGCAGUGCCGCAGACUAACAGCCUCCUCUCACCUCAGACAGAAGACGGAACUUCGCAGAGGUGGUUUGUCACCUCCAUGCAGCAAGGGGGAAACAGCACUAGCACCAGCAACAAACUCGACCUCACACCUUAUGAGGGAGAAUACUCAAGCCCCCUGCUUCCUUAUGGUAUUAAAUCCCUGUCCAUGCAAACAUCCCACGCUCUGAGUUACUACCCAGACUCUCCUUUCACCACCAUGUCUGCAGGGUGGGGGUCCAGAGCAGCAUACCAGAGGAAGGUCUCUCCCAGCCUGCCUUGGUCUCCCAGGCCCAGUCCCACCACUGGUUUCCCAGAAGACUCAAACAAAGUUAAACCGCAGAUUGAAGAGGAGGUGAACGGCGGUGGGAGCCUGAUCUCCUCCUGGACAGACACACAGCCAUCAGCUCUGUCCUUAGACAAGGCUGAUUCUUAUUCCACAGCCUGCAAAAGAAGGCGUCUGUCACUCAAUGGUCCCCGCACAGAGGACUCACCCUCUGACAUUAAGUGUGAGGACUUGGCAUCUGUUGCCAUCAACAGUAGUUCCUAUAGCAAAGAAGCCCCCUCAACCAAAGGCAUGGCAGCUUACUAUUCCUUUUACACAAACCCUUGAAUGGUUUUUCAUUUCUCAUUUUGUUUGCUCUUCAUUUGCUAACAUGAAUAAGAACUAAUAUUUUACUUUUUUUUUUAUUAAAAAUUACAAAAUUUGUCUUGGUGGUGAUACAUUUGCUGAUGAUGUUUUUGUAUUCCUGUGACUCAAGCAAUAUCAAGGACAGAAAUAAUAAAACAAUUAUGACUUCAAAAGUCAAGGGGCAUGUGUGGCACAAUAAGCAUCAGCAUCCUCAGUUAUUGUUGCAUAUUAUAUCUAUUCUGUCCCAGUCCAUCUGUUCUCGCGAAAUACAUCUUUUUUUCACCACCCAAUUAUGUAACUCUGUAUUUUAAGUUUUGAAAUUGCAAAAGCAUUUGUUAAGUUAUCCCAUUAAAAAAACAAACAGUGUUCUGUAUGUUUCAUUGUGCAUACAUUACUGUAUAUGCCUUUACAGUGAGGUCAUGUGUUUACAGAUUAUUUAUUGAAGGCCUGUUGAUAUGAAAUUUGUGCACUCAUAAAUGUGACGAUGAUAUGCUGUAUAUACCUUCCUUGAAAUGUUCAGAUAUUUGAUAAUAAAAGGCAUAUGUGUUC